CACCUCCUCCUCCCGCCUCUUCGCGUUAGUUCCGGUCGCAGAGGAGCCACCGCCGCAGUUACCGCCACCUCGGGGAUUUCUGGCUCUUUUCUCUCCGCCUUAAAUUCGGGUGUCUUUUAUGAAUAAUCAAAAGCAGCAAAAGCCAACGCUAUCAGGCCAGCGUUUUAAAACUAGAAAAAGAGAUGAAAAAGAGAGGUUUGACCCUACUCAGUUUCAGGACUGUAUUAUUCAAGGUUUAACUGAAACUGGCACUGAUUUGGAAGCAGUAGCAAAAUUUCUUGAUGCUUCUGGGGCAAAACUUGAUUAUCGCCGAUAUGCAGAAACACUCUUUGACAUUCUGGUGGCUGGUGGCAUGCUGGCCCCAGGUGGUACACUGGCAGAUGACAUGAUGCGUACAGACGUCUGUGUAUUUGCAGCACAAGAAGACCUAGAAACCAUGCAAGCCUUUGCUCAGGUAUUCAACAAGUUAAUCAGGCGAUACAAAUACCUUGAAAAGGGAUUUGAGGAUGAAGUUAAAAAGCUGCUGCUAUUCUUAAAGGGUUUUUCAGAGUCUGAGAGGAACAAACUGGCCAUGUUGACUGGGGUUCUUCUGGCCAAUGGGACACUUAAUGCAUCCAUUCUUAACAGCCUUUAUAAUGAGAAUUUGGUUAAAGAAGGCGUUUCAGCGGCCUUUGCUGUAAAGCUGUUUAAAUCGUGGAUAAAUGAAAAAGAUAUCAAUGCAGUAGCUGCUAGUCUUCGAAAAGUCAGCAUGGACAACAGACUGAUGGAACUUUUUCCUGCUAACAAACAAAGUGUUGAACACUUCACAAAAUAUUUUACCGAAGCAGGUCUAAAAGAACUUUCUGAGUAUGUUCGGAACCAGCAAACCAUAGGAGCUCGUAAAGAGCUACAGAAAGAACUUCAAGAACAAAUGUCACGUGGUGAUCCAUUUAAGGAUAUAAUUUUGUAUGUCAAGGAGGAGAUGAAGAAAAACAACAUCCCAGAACAGAUCGUUAUAGGCAUAGUCUGGUCAAGUGUAAUGAGCACUGUGGAAUGGAACAAAAAGGAGGAGCUGGUAGCAGAGCAAGCCAUCAAGCAUUUGAAGCAAUAUAGCCCUCUACUUGCUGCCUUUACUACUCAAGGUCAGUCUGAGCUGACUCUGUUACUGAAGAUUCAGGAGUACUGUUAUGACAACAUUCACUUCAUGAAAGCCUUCCAGAAAAUUGUGGUGCUUUUUUAUAAAGCUGAAGUCCUGAGUGAGGAGCCCAUUUUGAAGUGGUAUAAAGAUGCACAUGUUGCAAAAGGGAAAAGUGUCUUUCUUGAGCAAAUGAAAAAAUUUGUAGAGUGGCUCAAGAAUGCAGAAGAAGAAUCUGAGUCUGAAGCGGAAGAAGGCGACUGAUUUGUGAAACUACAAGCUUAGUAAAGCAAACAGGAGUUGUAGAUAAAAUGUCGUGUCUCAUGUGUCCUUCUGGUUCUUACAUCUUCCUACCUCCCUGUAUCAAGCAUGAUAUAAGGGCUUUCAUGGCAAAUUUAUUUUAACUGUUUUCUAUGGUUACUGAAAAAUGUUGGGUUUAGUUUUUAAAACCAUGUUUUAAGUAGCUACAGGAGCUAUAGAUUUGAAUCUAAUGUUGCAUUAGUCUUUUCAGUUAUCUUCUACCUCCUGUAUUUUCUACUGUAAUAAUGUAAUUUAAGGCCUUCCAUAAUGAACAGUUCAUUUUAUCCCUGGGUUUUCUAUAAACAGUUUACAAGACAUGAUUUGGUUAAAAACAAUUUGUUAUGGAAAUUCUGUUUGCAAAUUAAACUGUACAAGUAUCCAAAGUCAAAAGGCAAAUGACUUGUGUGAUAAUUUGGUAUGAAAUGAAAAGGCAGCAUUAAAUGGUGUUCAGAGCCCCAUUCAUCAGAUAAUCUCCUAUAUAAGACCUCAUGGGUCAAUUUCUGAACAUUGAUUCUAAAGUAAUUGGCUUACUCUUUUGUUGAUAUUACUAAAGAGUACUUCUGUUAACACUUAUUUUAUUUUUUGGCAUUAUUAAAAAUUUAAGCAAAAGGUUUGCAAGUAGCCUACAGCCAAAAUUUCUAUUACCCUUGCUCCCUGGUUUGUCACUUGUAAGUAAAGGAAUUAAAUGGGAUCAAAAGAAUCAGAAAAGUGAAGGCAGCACAGGUGACCAGGGGGGUGGAAAGAAGAAAAUUAAGAUCUCUCCUUUGCAUGCUCAUCUUCAUUCAGUUUUUAGCCAGUAAAAGUAGGUGAGCAUCUGUUAUGUCACCAUCUCCAGGUCUACUUACAGAUGUAUUAUUAAAAUAGUCUUGUCAUUCACAGUAUCUUGCACUCUAGAGAACCCUAAGUUCAUAAAAUAGGAAUCAUUAAAGGGAGUGCAUGUAAGGAAAUGACAGAUGUCCUAAACCCAGUAAAAUUGUUUAAUAUGUUAAGUGACCAAUGUGUUACAUAUUACAAAGAGCCCCUUUGGGGACUCCAAACAUAACUGUCAGAUCUGUCUCACUGGCUUAAAGUCAUCCUGUUUGUUGUAUUGAAAUGCAAUGAUGUAAGCAUUGCCUAAUAUCCACCCCAGUUGCCAUUUUCUUCUUUCCACAAGCCAAAAAAGUUUUCUUUCCAGCUCUCGCAUCUUUUUAUCUGAUGGCUUACCUUUUCACUUUAGUUGCUGAUAAUUUGUCUACAUACCUAGCAUAGCGAUUAAAAGAUGAGUAGGUGAUUGUUGCCUCAUUUUUGGCGACUAAAUUUUGUGGUAGGGAAACAAUAUUUUAAGUGACCGUUUUAAAAUAAGGUGUUCUUAACUCUUCACCAAAGCUGGAAACAGUGUCACCAGGACGUCAGUGAAAUAUGCCCUAUCUUAGCAUGUGCCAUUAAGAACCAAGAAUUUGGUAUUUAAAAUUAAAAGUACACCUUGAGGAAAUGAAGUGUGUAAUAUAAUUUGAAAUUAUAAUAGCCUUAUAAGAAAGAGCAUUAUAACUGAUAGUCUUGUGAGUGGAGUGUAUGUUAAGUUUUCAUACGUAGAUAUUAUGUAUCUAAUAGGUUUCUACUGUAGUGAUCUGCUUCCUUUGUAAUUUGUAGUCCUAAAGACUUUUUUAAAAAAUAAAGGCCAUCCUUAAACUUA